AUGUGUGCGCAGCAGACAUAUAAUGAAAAUAGAAAUAAUACAGAUAAUUCAUUUGCUGCCAAGUCUUUCCACUCAAAAAUAUUAUCACGAAAGGGAAGAGGACUGGAGAACGAAAAGUGGCUUGAAUCGGGCAUAAUGGAAAGCGUAGAGGUUCUUAUCCUCGACGAGAAUCAGUUAAGCACCGUCCCCGUGGGCGCGCUGAAGAAGUAUUUUCCAAAGCUGAAGAUUCUGAGCAUGAAAGGGUGCAAUUUGGAGAGGCUUUCCAUAGAAGCACUUUCGCAUCCCACUCUUGAAAUUAUUGAUGUUGAGGGAAAUAAAAAUUUAACACAUUUGGCAGUGUGGGAGGAGGACUCGGACCAGGAGAGAAGCCACGAGGGCCUAGGCCUUCCGUCGCUGCAGGUGCUGAACAUGGGAGCAACAAGCAUCAAAAACAUCGAUAGCUCUUUUUUCAGUUACAUGCCAGGACUUCUUCGGCUGCACAUGUACGCAGAGGGCCUGUGCGGUGGAUGCGGGUUUGGAUUCCUCUCAAUACUGGAGGUGCUGGAGUGUCUGAAGAUAACGGGAGCCAGAACAAGCUCGUGCACCAUAUGCAAAACAGAGAAGCAUGCCGCAGGAUUCUCUACCGCGAUUAAAUACUCUUUGUACAACAUGGUGUGCAAGAUGACAUCGCUGAUUGAGCUAGAUCUCUCGGGGAAGGGAAUGAACAUAGACUAUUUUGUUUUCCACUCGCCGCUGCCGUAUUUGGCCACUCUGCGCAUGCAGGGCAAGCUAGUGAGGGACAUGAGUCUGAGGGACUGGCCGGGCAUUGUAAAGACAAUUAGACAUCUGUCGCUUGGCGCCAUAGAUGACACAGAUGAGCCAAAUAGCCAAAAAUCAUUCAGCGAGUCCACUUUCUAUGCAGAGAGAAUACUCGAAGCAACAAAUCUUGAAAGUCUUUCAUUUGACUGCGAGACCACGAGGAGGAUUAAGUUCUCCCUUGGAACAAAAAAAGUUGUCUUUCCCUAUCUGCGCCAUCUGACGAUCAAAAAUUGCGAUCUUAGGCCGCUCACUUUCUUCAAUAAAGAAAAUGCACCGGUUCUGGACAGCUUGGAGAUUAUCAGCGCGUCGUUCACGGAGGGAUACUUCUACACGAUAAAAAAGAGGCUUGGGAACAGACUGCGGAGCUUGAGAAUUGGGAUAGAAAGGAUGGAUGCGCCGCAGGCUAUUUAUGACCUUUUUACGUUCAUUCGGAGCCACAAGAACUUGGAAAUUCUGCACUUGACAGUGUGCGAUACAAUAACCGAGUCGCAGAGCUUCUACAAAUACUUCAGCGAUCAGCCCACUCUGAAAGAGCUGUACGUCAUUGGGAAAAUGAGCCUGCAGCGCAUGAAAAGAUUUCUGUACCAGCUUGGCCGGUGCUCGUCUUUGACGAAUCUGCUCCUUGACAUUGAAGACCCCGUUCUUGUGCUAUCGCACUUCUAUCCCAUCAAAAGCCUGCAGCAAUUUUCGCUGAAGGGAACGUAUAGGAACCAUGCGUCGUUUUUUAUGCCGCAGAAUGGGCCGUCUGAAGACUUUAGCAAGCUGACGGAAAUGAGCUCUCUGCAGGUUCUUGAUCUUGGGUAUUGCGGGUUCAGCAUGUUUCCGUCUUUUGUGCUUCUGCAUCUAACUUCUCUGAAGUAUCUCUACUUGAACAACAACAACUUGCACGGGAUAUCAGAGCAUAUUAUCUCGUAUUUUGCGUCGAUAAAAGAAGAGCCUCUAUUCGUUGACAUCUCCGGCAAUCCAACUGAAGUGGAAAAAAUAGAGCAACAGCUGACCAACGGCACUUGGCUUGGGGCUUCAGGAUUUGUUAUAUAUUGA